AGUUGGCAGAAUUAAAGUUUCUCUGCAGGAAAUGCCCACAUGCAUAAUGCAUUUCAAAAGAACUCGUGCGCCUGAACAAGCCUAUUCUUGUUCGCGUUUGUUAAGUGUGCCUGUUAAGCACAUUCUCAACAAGCCCCAGAUAGCCCGUGGCCUGGGCAGGAGCCUUCACACAGAUGCGAGUGCCAGGCGCUCCAGGGCUGGACGACUGCUCCCGACCAAAGUCCAGCACAGCAGGAACAAGCAUCUCCACAACAUGACCCAUCAAAUUAGGGCAAAGCCUGAUUUAAACACAACACUGCCAGUCCGACAGACGGCAUCCAUCUUCAAGCAACCAGUGACCAAGGUAACAAACCACCCCAACAACAAGGUGAAGACAGACUUGCACAAGGGUGUGGACCAACCUAAACAACUGUUCUGGGAGAGGAAGUUGAGUGGGUUAAACGCAUUUGAUAUUGCAGAGGAGCUGGUGAAAACUAUGGAGCUUCCCAAAGGCUUACAGAGUGAGGGUGUUGGGCCCUCCUGUUCAGAUAAAACACUGCUUUCCGCGAUCGCCAGCGCCCUGCACACCAGCCCCGCGCCUGUCACUGGACAGUGGAGUGACACUGCAGUGGAGAAAAAUCCUGGAGUGUGGCUCAACACGACACAGCCUCUUUGCAGGGCCUUCGUAGUGACUGAUGAAGACAUCAGGAAGCAGGAAGACCUGGUACAGAAUGUGAGGCGACGGCUCGAGGAAGCCCUUAUGGCUGAUAUGUUGGCUCAUAUAGAGGACCGUGCUGCAGAUGCAGCAGUCAGCAAGGAAGAAGAAAAUGUUGAGCAGGUGGAUAAGGAGGAGUCAUAGCUAAGUCCUGCCCAUGUAAGAUGCGACGAAAAGAUGCAAGGAAAACAUGUUAUUAACAGGAGAUGACCUUUCCUUCUAUCAUUCAUCUGAAGUGUCCAAUUACCAAGUGAUUUUUGAUAAAGGGGUGUGUCGGUUCAUAAAAGACUUCUGAGAAGGAUGGUCUGGUGCAUCCUCGCGACCGAGGACAUAGGAACAGUCAUAUAAGAGGCUUGAGUUCACCCACUGACUGCCUUUUGUUUCCUCUGUUUAUUCCCACCUGAGAUUCUCUUUUGCUGGUGUGAACUUCAGUGUACUCCUUGAAUGUUUCCUUUAUCAACCUUCACAUAGGUUUAUUUGGUAGGACGUUUGUUGAUAAACUUAUUUCUUUUCAUUUUCAAAUACUUGGAAAUACAGUGCAGAUGUUUUAAUACACUUUUAACUGAACCAAACUCUAAAGACAUUCUGCAGUCAGAUUUCAACCUAAGCAAAGACUUUUUUUCUUUAUUUUCUACAUGUGAUGGUGUAAUCCUGAAAGGCUGCUUUGAGUUUCCUUUCCUAUAUAUAUAUUUUUUUUAACUUUUACCUCUGCUAUUGAACUGCAUUUGUAGAUGGUGCUCUGUACAAUGCAGUGUUGAAUUUAGUUAGUAGCUGUUCAAGCUCAAAGUUUAAAAACACAAACCUGAUGUGUAUGUAUGUGAAUGAAGAGUCUUUGGGGGUGUGUAUUUACAUUAAAGUCCAUAUUCUGUUCUACAUGAACAUGUUGCUCUUUUUAUAUUUACUCUGUUACUGUACAUGGUGCGUAUUUGGAAGCAUAGAAUGGUUACAUUUUGUUUACAUGCACAAAGCACUCUUGUGACUAAUAUCAAAUUUAGCUUCUCUGAUUAAAGGUUUUUGCAGUUCAAAGUUGUGCCAACUACAUUUGGGUUGAGAACAGUAAAAAAAACCAAAUACAUCUGAUGUAACCUAAUGUACUGUGCCUAUUCAUUAUUUCUCUGUACCACUGUGUCAGUGUCAAAUUAAAAACAGUUCUUGUUUUAUUAUUGCUGUAUGUGUGUUUGUAUUCUUGGCUAUGGUUACCAUUACACUUCUUAGUCUGUGACAUACUUUUUUUUUUUAUGUUUGGGUGUGCAAAGGAUAUUUUUGCGUUUUCCAAAUCAAUUUUAAAACUACUCAAACCCAUAUGCACCUGUAGUGAUGAGCCUGGGUGGCUGGAAGUGCAUAUAGCCAUGCACCUAUUGAUUUGGAAAAAUGUGGAGCCACUCAAUUUAUGUAGAGAGGAUGAUACCUUGAUUAUUUUAAAGCAUUUACAUGCAUAGACC